AUGAAUAAUUUAUUUAUUAAAGAAAAAAAAAAUACUUCUAAGUUAUAUACAAUAAACAAUUAAAAUAGAAAAAUAGUUAGAUAGAUAGAAAAAUAGAUCAAAAAUUUAAUCAGAAGAAGAAGAUCUAAAUACGAUAAAAUUUAUAAAAUAUUUAAUGCAGUAAAUAGUUGUUCUACCAUAAAUUUAUAUUGUAAAAAUACCUAUACUGAUUAUGGUUAUUUAUCUACUAUAAAGUAUUAUUUAUUAAAUUUAAUAUUAAAAUUAAUUAAAAAAUAACUUAAAAUAGUUGCUAUUAAGUACGCAAUUAAAUAAUAUCUCAAAAAACUAAUAAAAAUCAAUAAAAAAACAAAAAUGAAAACUAGUUAGAAAUCUUCAGUCUUAGAAAAAAAUGAAUUUUUUGAACUAAAAAAAUUUAUAGAAGCAAAUUUAUCUUUUGAAUAAAUAAAGCAUCUUAGCCUUGAAUUAGAAAAACUUACUAAAGAUGAUUUUCCAAUAAUAGCUUCUAAAAUUGAAAAGUGUUCCAAUCUCAAAUAUUUAAAUCUUUAGUUUUGCCAAUCAAAUAGAAAAAUUUUUAAAAGCCCAAAGUUAUUAUCUAUAUUAGGAAUCAGCUUAACCAAAUGCAAGAAUUUAUGUGCUUUGUAAAUGAACUUUUCGCUUUAAGAAAUUGGAGAAAAAGGAGGAUUUGUUAUUGCUUCUAUUAUAAGAGGUUGUAAAAAUCUUCAAAUAUUUAAUCUUUUUGGAUUUGAAAGUAGUAUAAGAGGUGAAGGAUUAUCAAGAAUAGCUACUGCUUUAUCAAAGUGCCCAAAUCUUAAAAAGCUUAUGAUAUCUAUAUGCGCAGAUGCCAUUAACGAUGAAGAUUUAGAAAAUUUAGGAUCUAAUUUAGCAAAAUGCUAAAGCUUGUAAGAAUUCAGUCUUAAUAUUAGUGAUAAUUGCUUUAGUGACAAUGGUUUAUCUAAAUUAGGCUUAAAUUUAGCUAAAUCUGUUAAUAUAAAAGUAUUGAAAAUAAAUACUUAUGAUAGAGAUCCUACUGAUAUAAAACCUACUUCUAAAGGAUAUUACGAUUUGUGUGUUCCUUUAUCGAAUUUAAGGAAUCUCAAAGAGUUUUCACUGGGUUUUUGCUGGGAACUUGAUAAUGCAUGCUUAUCUUAAGUUGGAUUAGCUCUAAAAACUUGUAAAAAUCUAUUGAAAUUAUCUCUUGCAGUAGAUUUUGAAGUAACAGAUUAAUACAUUGAAGAGUUUUAUUCUCACAUUAAAAAUUAUAGUAAUCUAAUCUAAUUAGAUCUUUUUAUAGGCGAUUAAGAAAUUAAUAGGAAGAAGAUAGAAAGAAAAAUUUUAAAAAUGCCAAGAAUAUGGCACUUUUUUUUGGGCAAAAAAGAUACUUAGGGAAUGCCUUAAUUAAUGAGCAUUUACAAUAUAUAUGUGAUUAAAGUGUAAGCUUAAAUCUGUGAUAUAAUUAUUCACAUUCUAUAUUUUUAAACAAAAAAAGAAUAAAUACAACAUGAGUAAUAAAUUAAUUAUAAAUUUAAAACAAAAUAUUUAUAAAUGUAAAAUAAAAAUAUAAAAAAUAAAUUUAAAUCUAAAAAAAACAAAAAUUUAAUUUAAAAAUAAAUUAUGAAUAAAAUUAUAGUAUUAAUAAUUUCUUAAAAUUUUAAUUGA